CCCCGGCAGCGAGCGGAAAGAACAACAGAACUGACAGCGGCAACUCAAGAGAAGUCAAGGGGAAGAUGGAGCACAGGGACAACGGCUUCAAUAUACUGUUAGCUACGGAUUCAUACAAGGUUACACAUUAUAAGCAGUAUCCACCCAACACUAGUAAAGUGUAUUCCUAUUUUGAGUGUCGUGAGAAGAAGACAGACCCAAGCAAGACCAGGAAAGUCAAAUAUGACAAAACCGUAUUCUAUGGUCUGCAAUACAUCCUACACAAAUACCUGAAAGGGAAGGUAGUAACCCCAGAGAAGAUUCAGGAAGCGAGGGAGGUGUACCGAGAACAUUUCCAGGAUGACGUGUUUAAUGAGAAAGGCUGGAACUACAUUCUGGAGAAGUAUAAUGGUCACCUGCCCAUUGAAAUCAAGGCUGUGCCGGAGGGAAGUGUUAUCCCACGUGGGAACGUGCUCUUCACCGUGGAAAGCACAGACCCAGAGUGCUACUGGCUUACAAACUGGGUAGAGACUAUCCUAGUGCAGAUCUGGUAUCCAAUCACUGUGGCAACCAACUCACGAGAGCAGAAGAAGAUCUUGGCCAAAUACCUGAUGGAAACAUCUGGAAAUCUGGAGGGACUGGAAUACAAGUUGCAUGAUUUCGGCUACCGGGGAGUCUCGUCACAAGAGACGGCUGGUAUCGGUGCCUCUGCACAUUUGGUGAACUUUAAAGGAACAGACACGGUGGCUGGCAUCGGGGUGAUUAAAAAGUACUAUGGUACUAAGGAUCCAGUGCCAGGCUUCUCAGUGCCUGCUGCAGAGCACAGCACAAUCACUGCAUGGGGAAAAGACCAUGAGAAAGAUGCUUUUGAGCACAUCGUCAAGCAGUUCCCAUCGGUGCCUGUGUCCAUCGUCAGUGACAGCUAUGACAUCUAUAAUGCCUGUGAGAAGAUCUGGGGUGAAGACCUGCGCAGCCUCAUAGAGACACGAAGCGCUGACGCUCCACUGGUGGUGCGACCCGACUCAGGAAACCCACUGGACACGGUGCUAAAGGUCUUGGAAAUUUUAGGCAAGAAAUUUCCUCCAAAGGAAAAUUCCAAAGGCUACAAGGUGCUGCCACCCUAUAUUCGGGUCAUUCAGGGGGAUGGUGUGGACAUCAACACCCUGCAGGAGAUCGUGGAGGGGAUGAAGCAGCACAGAUGGAGCAUUGAAAACAUUGCGUUUGGUUCUGGAGGAGCUCUGCUGCAGAAACUUACCAGGGAUCUGCUCAACUGCUCCUUUAAGUGCAGUUAUGUCGUGACAAAUGGCUUGGGGGUUAAUGUUUUCAAGGACCCUGUGGCAGACCCUAACAAAAGGUCAAAGAAGGGUCGGCUCUCCUUACACAGGACACAGAGUGGCGACUUUGUCACCCUUGAGGAGGGGAAGGGUGACCUGGAAGAAUAUGGAGUGGACCUGUUGCACACAGUGUUUAGGAAUGGGAAAAUACUAAAGACCUACACCUUUGAUGAAGUCAGAGACAAUGCCAAACUGAAAGACAGCGAGGUGGAGGAGCUUCUCCACUGAGUCCCGCCUUCCACCUACACUCUAAUACCUAGGCUCCCCCUCCCACCCCCACCCCCCUAAAAAGCACUGUCCUCUGCAGGGAUGGAGAGCACGGCCAAAUCUGAGCCCUGCGGCUCGUUCAGAAAGACGGCGAGAGAGUGAUGUAGAAAGAAUGGAUGAGUGAAUGAGAGAGAAAGGUAGAGGAGGUACGAACACUGUACCCUGCAUUCUAUGUACAGAACUGUUCUUUGUCUGAAAUUACCAGGCCCUUCUAAGCUUUGAUGUCUUUUUAACAAUGGAUAAAAAAAAACAAUAUCAUUAUAUAUAAAAUCAUUUAACCACGGUAAUGUAACUGUGUAAUUGACCAAGCGUUGCUAUCGAUCACACACCUCUGCAGGAAAGGUGAUAUAUAUAUAUAUAUGUAUUAUAAAGAAGGUUCAAAGACUUGCUUUUUUUUUUCUUUCUGUUCAACUCUAGGUCUGAGAGGUAAUUGUUCGAUGUUGUUGAAUGUGAAUGUUGUGUAUGCAGGCAGAAAAUCACUCAUCUCAAAGGAUUGUUCUGUUCCUUUAUGCAAAUGAAAUGUUUGGUCUGGGAAAAUACUCUUUCCUUCUUUCAUUUUUUUUUUUUUUUUUGCCUUUUUUUUUAUUUUUAAGUACAGUAUACCGUUCCCCUUUUCUGAUUACAUGACCCAGUGUUGCCAGAUGGUAGAUGCUGAAAAAAAAAUCACAUCAAAGAACUGUUCUGGAGAAUUUCCACACUGUAAAACCACCGUGUCAAUGGCAACACAGAAAUCACAGUUUUUUGUAUAAGUACAAAUUUUUGUCACUCAUCUAUGUUUUCUCUUAUUUAGAGAACAAAUGAAAAAUGCCAGUUUUAUUAUGUAAUAGGAAUCACUUCCGAGGAGUUUGGUUUUACUAUUUUGUAUACUCACUGUUGCUUCAAUCUCCAGAAAUCAUUAUUUUUAUGACAGAGAAAAAUAUUGCUAGAAUUAGCACAGUAAAUAACCAUAAAUGUGGCCAAAAUGCCUUCUCUCUUGUAUAUAACAGCUUUUAUGUUUUAUUUAAAGGGAGCUGGCUGAUUAGUAAAAUAUAGAGAUAUUCUUCUUAUUUUUGUCUAAUGCCCAUUUUAUACCAACAGAGAGGCCACAUUACUGCUAAGUUGUAUGACUGGUGUUAUGCAGUUAUUUUCGUGUGUGUGUGUGUGUGUGUGUGUGUGUGUGUGUGAGAGAGAGAGUGAGAGAGAGAGAGAGAGAUUGAGUGUAUGAAUGUGUGUGUGCACUGCUGACUGAGUUGAUAACACUUGUGAAUUAUUUUUGACUGAUGUUUUUAUGUAUAUGUUGGUUGUUCUGUUUUUGUUUUGUUUUUUUUUUCUUUCCAACAAUCUCAUUGGAUAUUUGAACUAACAUGGCAAUUGCAGUGUUGUAAGCAUAUUAAAAUCACCACCCUGUCUAUUUGCUCAAAUGUUUUUCUUUACUUUUGUAAUGGCUAAAGGAAAAAGAGAUGAAUGCAUUCCCUUUUAUAGCUGCUGUAAAGUCAGUGAAAGAUUUCACAAUGCACUAAG